AUGAGCACGGAGAGCCAGGGGAGUAAACAGAGAGGGCGCAGAGGAGGGGGAACGGGAGGGAGCAGAGGAGGGGGAACGGGAGGGAGCAGAGGAGGGGGAACGGGAGGGAGCAGAGAAGCAGGGGGCAGGAAAGCAGUGAGUUCGCAAGAUAGAGGGCAGGUGGGGGGAUUAGGAGCAGGUCAGAAACUUGGGGGAGUGGAGGAGGAAGAAGGGAUGGAAGUGGGAGAGGAGGGGACGAACAGGGUGGCUGGAAGGGGGAGGGUGAGUGAGGGGGGAAGAGGGUCGGAACGUGAGAGGCAGUCAGAGGGGUUAAGUAAAGGUGGAGACUCCAGCAGAGAUCUUUUGAGGGACAGGAUCAAGCGGGUGGGCACUAAAGGGAAGAAGAAGGCCGGAGCUAGAGGUUCGGGAGUGGCGGAUAUCUUUCCGGACGAAGCAGGUCCGGGAGAUGGAGGUUCGGCCCGAGCCGCGCCUCGGGAGGUUCGGUUUGCAGAUUUUGGGGGAAUUGACGGGGUGGUGGAGCAGGUUCGGGAGCUGAUUCUGUACCCGCUGGCUCAUCCGGAGCUGUAUGCUUGGCUCGGCGUCGAGCCUCCAAGAGGAGUGUUGCUCCAUGGGCCGCCUGGGUGUGGCAAGACAAUGCUGGCCCAUGCCAUUGCACGGGAAGCAGGAGUGCCAUUCUUCAAGAUCGCGGCUCCUGAAAUCGUCUCCGGCAUGUCAGGCGAAUCAGAGGCCAAGCUUCGGUCCCUCUUCUCCUCGGCCGAAAGGGCUGCUCCGGCCAUUCUGUUUAUAGAUGAGAUUGAUGCCAUCACGCCCAAGAGGGAGACGGCUCAGCGGGAGAUGGAGAGGAGGAUUGUGGCUCAGCUGCUGACGUGUCUGGAUGACCUCCAGUCAUCCCCUGACACGUCAGCAGAUUCAUUGGAUCCUGCUUUGAGGCGGGCGGGCAGAUUUGAUCGCGAGAUCUCCCUUGGGAUUCCCGAUGAGUCAGCGCGGGCCCGGAUCCUGGAGGUACUUUCCAGGAAGCUGCGGCUGGAGGGGUCGUUUGAUUUCGGGUUUAUCGCGCGGCGUACCCCGGGGUUUGUCGGGGCGGACUUGGCGGCUCUUGCGAAAGAAGCGGCUGCUAUUGCGGUGAGGAGGAUUUUUACGAGGAAGGAGGAGGAGGUGUUUGCAACAGCAGCAGCAGCAGCAGCAGUGGUAACAGCAGCAGGAGCAGCAGUGGCAACAGCAGCAGCAGGUGUUGGUGAUUGUAUGCUUGUGGAUGGGGAGGAGAAUGUUCCUAUGGCGAACGGAGAGGAGGGAGAGGCGGAGAAGAAAAGGGAAGGAGAGAGGAGUGGGGGAGGGGAGUCGGAGAGGGAGAAAGGAGGGGGAGGGGAGGCUUGGAGGGAGCCGUGGAAGGAGGAGGAGCUGCAGGCGCUGAGCAUUACAAUGGGUGACUUUCAGGCAGCAGUGUCAAAGGUGCAACUGAGCGCCAAGGGAGAGGGCUUCACCACCAUCCUUGGAGUCACCUGGGACGACGUUGGCGCUCUGGGAGAUGGUGGUCUUUUACACCUCUCACCACUCUCCAUCACUCUCUGCCGCUCUGUACCACUCUCUACCAUGCAGGCAGCAGUGGCGAAGGCAGCAGUGGCGAAGGUGCAACCAAGCGCCAAGAGGGAGGGCUUCACCACCAUUCCCGGGGCAGCAGUGUCAAAGGUGCAACCGAGUGCCAAGAGGGAGGGUUUCACCACCAUCCCCGGGGUCACCUGGGAUGACGCUGGUGCGCUGGAAGUUGAUGCGGCAGUGUCCAAGGUGCAACCGAGUGCCAAGAGGGAGGGCUUCACCACCAUCCCCGGGGUAACUUGGGACGACGUUGGUGCGCUGGCAGAUGUGAGGGAGGAGCUGGAGUUUUCGAUUUCCCGACCCAUCAAGUACCCCGAGGAAUAUGAGGCAAUGGGGCUCCGAGCAGCAACAGGCAUUCUCCUCUACGGCCCUCCGGGGUGUGGCAAGACGCUGGUGGCCAAGGCGAUUGCCAACGAUGCUGGAGCCAAUUUCAUAUCCAUCAAGGGUCCCGAGCUCUUGAACAAGUAUGUGGGGGAGAGCGAGCGGUCAGUGAGGCAGCUGUUUGUGCGAGCAAGAGCAUCGUCACCCUGUGUGCUCUUCUUUGAUGAGGUGAGGAGGAGCAUAUUGAGUUGCCUUGUGUUGCUAAGGCGCCCCUCACGCCCAGCUGUUUGUGCGGGCAAGAGCAUCAUUGCCCUGUGUGCUCUUUGA